UCACCUCACAUGCAUACACUUCUCAGUUUUCACACGCUUCUCCGCCUCUAUAUCUACAUAUCGAUUAAACCCAAUUUCCGACAACUUCACAGUGACACUCCCACUCGGUAGUAGCUGUUAACAAAAUGGUGCCUCCUCUUCGUCUCGCUUCUCUUCUGCUACUUCUGCUUCUAUGUACCGCCGGAGCAAACUCAUCCUCCUCCUCCUCCUCCACCCCACUUACCAAGAUUGGCAAUGGCUACCGUCUGAUCUCCAUCGGAGAGACCCCUGACGGGGGUCUUGUCGGCCAUCUCGUAGUCAACCAGCAGAACAAUAUCUACGGCCCUGAUCUCCCUCACUUGCAGCUCUUUGUCAAGCAUGAAACUGAGGAUCGUUUGAGGGUCCAUAUCUCCGACGCAGAGACGCAGAGGUGGGAGGUACCGUACAAUCUCUUGCCCAGAGAGCAACCUCCAAGGUUGAAGCAGAGCAUUGGGAGGUCAGGAAAGAACCCAAUAGCGGUGUCAGAGUACUCUGGCUCGGAGUUCAUCUUCAGCUGCAUCUCGAACCCAUUUGGGUUCGCGGUGAGGAGGAAAUCAAACGGCAAGACCCUCUUCAACUCGAGCGCUGAUGGGUCAGACCCAUUUGGUAGUUUGGUUUUCAAGGACCAGUACUUGGAGAUUUCCACCAAGUUACCCAAAGACGCCUCUUUGUACGGCCUGGGGGAAAACACCCAACCGCACGGAAUCAAACUGUAUCCCAAUGAUCCUUACACUUUGUACACCACUGAUGUUUCGGCCAUCAAUCUUAACACUGAUCUGUACGGCUCCCACCCGGUGUACAUGGACCUUAGGAACGACGGUGGGCAGCCUUCAGCACACGCGGUUCUGUUGCUCAAUAGCAAUGGGAUGGAUGUGGUCUACCGUGGGACUUCUUUGACUUACAAGAUUAUUGGAGGUGUCUUUGAUUUUUACUUCUUUGCUGGGCCUACACCUUUGGGUGUGGUUGAUCAGUACACUUCCUUCAUUGGCCGGCCAGCUCCAAUGCCUUACUGGUCUCUGGGAUUCCACCAAUGCAGGUGGGGUUACCAUAACCUAUCUGUGGUUGAAGACGUUGUUGAGAGCUACAAAAAGGCUAAAAUCCCACUUGAUGUGAUUUGGAAUGAUGAUGAUCACAUGGAUGGAAAGAAGGACUUCACCCUCAACCCCACCAACUACCCUCGUCCAAAGCUUUUAGCAUUCCUAGACAAAAUUCAUAGCAUUGGUAUGAAAUACAUUGUCAUUAUUGACCCUGGAAUUGCUGUUAAUUCCAGUUAUGGCGUGCAUCAAAGGGGCAUUGCCAAUGAUGUUUUCAUCAAGUAUGAGGGUGAACCCUACUUAGCUCAAGUUUGGCCAGGGGCUGUAAACUUCCCUGACUUCCUUAACCCAAAAACCGUUUCAUGGUGGGUUGAUGAAAUCCGACGUUUUCAUGAACUUGUCCCUGUUGAUGGUCUAUGGAUUGACAUGAAUGAAGUUUCAAAUUUCUGUUCUGGUUUGUGCAAAAUCCCAGAGGGCAAGCAGUGCCCAACUGGUACGGGACCCGGUUGGAUAUGCUGCUUGGACUGCAAGAACAUUACGAAGACAAGAUGGGAUGAUCCUCCUUACAAGAUAAAUGCUUCAGGUUUGCAGGUGCCAAUAGGGUUUAAAACCAUAGCCACAAGUGCAGUUCACUACAAUGGAGUUUUGGAGUAUGAUGCUCACAGUCUCUAUGGUUUCUCUCAAACCAUUGCAACUCACAAAGGCCUUCAAGCACUUGAGGGCAAGAGACCAUUCAUAUUAUCUCGCUCCACUUAUGUUGGUUCGGGCAAAUAUGCUGCCCAUUGGACAGGUGAUAAUCAAGGCACUUGGGAGAAUUUGAGGUACUCAAUUUCCACUAUGCUCAACUUUGGUAUAUUUGGGGUGCCAAUGGUUGGUUCAGAUAUAUGUGGGUUCUAUCCACAACCUACAGAAGAACUUUGCAACCGCUGGAUUGAAGUUGGUGCUUUCUAUCCUUUCUCAAGGGAUCAUGCAAACUACUAUUCCCCACGACAGGAGCUUUAUCAAUGGGAUUCAGUUGCCGAGUCUGCUCGAAAUGCUCUGGGUAUGAGGUAUAAGCUUCUUCCUUACCUGUACACCUUGAACUACGACGCUCAUAUCAGUGGAGCCCCAAUUGCCAGGCCACUUUUCUUCUCAUUCCCAAGCUACAUCGAGUGUUAUGGGCUGAGCACCCAGUUCUUGCUAGGGAGCAGUCUCAUGGUAUCGCCGGUUCUUGAGCAAGGGAAGUCAGAGGUUAAAGCACUGUUUCCCCCCGGUUCUUGGUACAGUUUGUUUGAUAUGACACAAACCAUUGCAUCAAAAGAGGGUACCUACGUCACACUGGAUGCUCCUUUGCACGUGGUUAAUGUGCAUUUGUAUCAGAAUACCAUUCUACCAAUGCAGCAGGGUGGAUUGAUUUCAAAGGAAGCUAGAAUGACGCCUUUCAGUCUGGUCGUGACCUUUCCGGCCGGAGCCACUGAAGGAGCUGCUAAAGGGAACAUAUUCCUUGAUGAUGAUGAGCUGCCUGAGAUGAAACUUGGAAAUGGGUACUCCACCUAUGUUGAUUUAUAUGCAACCCUUGCUAAGGGAGUUGUGAAGGUGUGGUCACAGGUCCAGGAGAGCAAGUUUGCUUUAGGUAAGGGUUGGUAUAUUGAAAAGAUUACCGUGCUGGGAUUAAAUGGAAGUGGAGGGGCAUCUGCUCUUGAGAUUGAUGGAAGCCCGGUGACGGGUGCUUCAAACACACAGUUGAACGCAACAGAGCAGCAGUUCCUCAGGAAGCUGGAAGAUGGAGAUGAUAAGAUGAAGGCUGUGAUGGUAGAGGUUAGCGGUUUGUCACUCUCUGUAGGAAAGAACUUCGCCAUUUCCUGGAAAAUGGGGGUCAAAGGCUGAGGAUUAGAUGAUAAGAGGUUCUUAGCUCUGUUUUCGUCUGCCUAUUUAGGAUGUUUUGCUUUUCCAUUUCUGAUUGUUGAUGCUUUUUCCAUCUUCUUUUUGGGUUCUUGAUGGAGAGGAGAUGAGCUAAGAAUUGUUCAUCCUUUUUCAUGCAUGCAAGCCAAGAGAGUGAGGUUUAUAUCGACAUUACUUUGCUUAAAUGCCGGCCAUUCAUGUUGUAGCUUAAAAAGCUGUAAUGCAAAUUUCAUGUCGUUUCUCUUU